CUCAUUCGCGAAGCUUGCGUUCUUUGCACGACUACCGCGUUACCCGGCGCUGCUCCUCUGCUCCGUAAAGCAUACACUCGCGAUCGGGUUGACGUGCCUACUGGUUUCGUCGCUCGAUUGAUUUGCCAGUGAUCAAACGGUUCAGUGCCUUCAUCGCGUGACAAGAGAUUUUUUUUUUUUUUUCACGAGUCCAUACAGUUGGGCUCGACGUAUCCAUGAUUCUAAGGAUUUUGUCGGCUGUUUUGUGGAUUGUUUAACGAAACCCUUCACAUACACUCGAGUUAAUUGUUAAUUGUGCGCGGUGUACAAAGUCAGAGAAGGUUCAAAGUGUGUGUAUAGCAGAAAAAGGAUUAACCGGUGCAUAGGACUGGCUUACCGAUUGUUUAUACACACUCUUUUGCGUAGCCAAGGAUCUUUCAAAAAGAAGGAAUUUGUUGUGUCGUGUGGAUACUUACACACGAGUUACUUGGACUCGCAUUGUAAGGAGAAAACAAUCGCAAAAAUGGUCCAGUUGAGGCGCAAGCUCUUGUCCUACAGAGGUCUUCUAAAUCAGUUGCAACCAAACGUGCGAUGGAGUUCGUUUUUGAAAAUCAAAGACGAAGAAAUUGCUCAGACAGAAAGAACAUUCAAGUAUGCAGAUCUGUCUGUGCGGUUUGCGGCACCUCAUCAGUUGCAACCAAAGCCAAACGUGAGUGAUUUGGCCUUUGGUAAAUACUUCACAGAUCACAUGCUCAAAGUGUUUUACCACGAGGCUCUGGGUGGCUGGCAAAUGCCCGAGAUCACGCCGUUUGAGAAUCUCGUUUUGCAUCCAGCUGCCAAAGUUUUGCACUAUGCCAUCGAGCUGUUCGAAGGAACAAAAGCAUAUCGAGGCAUUGAUGGCAAAAUCCGCGUUUUCAGGCUCGACAUGAAUAUGGAGCGAAUGAACACAUCGGCACAGAGGUCCGGCCUGCCGACUUUCAAUGGCGACGAGCUCAUCAAAUGUAUAAACAGGCUAGUUAGUAUAGACCAAGAGUGGGUGCCCCACGCCGAAGGCUCGAGCCUGUACAUUCGACCCACGCUGAUAGGCAUCGACCCCACCCUGGGAGUGGCGACGUCAGACUCAGCCAUGCUGUACGUGAUCCUGAGCCCGGUGAGCUCUUACUUCGAGAAACACAAACUGAAUCGGGGCGUGUCGCUGCUGGCCGAUCCGCGUUACACCAGAGCUUGGCCCGGCGGCUGCGGUGACCGAAAAAUGGGCAGCAACUACGGUCCAACGGUCCAAGUGCACAAGGAGGCCACCGAGAAGGGCUUGCAGCAGGUCUUGUGGCUGUAUGGUGAGAACGACCAGAUCACCGAGGCUGGUGCCAUGAACGUCUUUGUCUUCUGCGUCAACGAGCACGGAGAGAAGGAACUGAUAACACCACCACUGAAUGGCCUCAUUUUGCCUGGAAUAACGAGGAAAUCAAUCCUGGCACUGUCCAGAGAAUGGAAUCAGUUUAAAGUUACGGAAAGGGUCAUUACGAUGACAGAAAUUUGUCAGAUGUUAUCGGAAAAUCGGCUACUGGAAUUUUUUGGCGCCGGGACGGCGUGUAUAGUCAGCCCGGUCUCGUACAUCGAGUACUUGGGUCAGGGUUUGCAUAUACCGACGGUAAAUCACGAGCAGCCCGUCUACCAAACUUUCCUCAAGGCGCUGUCCGACAUUCAGUACGGCUACGUCGAGCAUCCAUGGGCUACUGCUAUUGAGUAAUGGGCAAACUGUGCAAACUACUUUUGAGCUUUGCAUCUCACUCAUUGCACGGAGAUUGCCGUUGGAUGGGUGAAUCGUCUAAAUUGAUGAUGAUGAAAUGAUUUUUUUUUUUUUUUUUUUUUUUUUUUCAUAGUUCCGAUCAUCAGCUCAUGAGUCCAAGUGCUCGUGUGGCAUUUGAAACAUAAAAGUUAAUUUUGAAAAAUAAGAAAAAGAUUUGGCAUGAAAGAUGCCUUUACAAGAGAUCAUCUGGUUCUCAUUGAAAGAAUCUUGUUGCAUGCAUUUGUGUGCGUGUGUGUGUAUACAAUAAUUUUUUAAGCAUUAAAAAAUUGUACAUACAAGCGAGAUCAUACAUUAUGUCGUGCGUCAGUGGACAUAAAAAACUGUAGUUGUAAGUUUGUAUGACUUUUGUGAGUGUAAUAGUCAAUACAAAACUGUGAUCUUAAGAUUCACUGCGUUUACUUUUUAAAAUAAGUUUAUUUGCGUCUUGAAUAUGUGAAUCUAUUCAUUGAUAUUUUUCAUUAAAGUAUACAUGAUUCAAACGAAAUUCGAUUGAUUCAAGUUUUUGCAGAGAGUUUAAACAAAUUUUUCUAAGAAUAUCAAUCCAAUAGUUAUAGAUUGUGUUGCAAUCCAUAGUGUGUCAAAAGUUGAGUGUAUAAAGUGUUGAAUAAAUUAUUUUGUUUCAUAUCCAAAGUAUUUUAUCGCGUGGCUGAUUUCGAACUAAAAAGUACCCUUCUUUUGAAGAAAGUCACUAGCCUCCCCUAUAAUCUAGUAACUUUUGCUAGUGAUAUUCAGAAAAUGCUCAUGAUCGAGAAGUAGUUUUUUCCCCUUGUGUCAAGUAAUUUCGCAUG